AUGUGUAUAAGCUUCACACACUUGGCAGUUCUAGAAGUCCCCAGCAGCAACAAGUUGAAUGUAAUGGCACACACCAAGAAGAUUAGUGGAGAGUCAAAACAGUAUUCCCCUGAAAUGCUUCUUCCAUCACUGAUCAGAUCUGCAGAUGCCAACCAUAUUUUGAAUUUUGAUCGUGAUCUUUUCAACCAAAAUGCCUCAAAUUCUCAUUUUAUGGAGCCCAAUGGAAACGAGAUUGAUAGCCCGGAUGACAUUUCGAAUCAACAAAGAAAACAAUCUGUUUCGGUUAGCAUUCCACCUUCGCCAAUCGAUACCAAAAGAGUUUUGUUUAAAGAGGAACAUGAAGCAACCGGAAUCCAUAGCCCGAAAAAUCCAGACAUCAUGUCUAACACCCAUGAGCUUAAAUUUAAUCCACAGUCCGUCGUGACAGACACGACGGGCUAUGGAAUUGAUGAGACGGGGCGGAGGAAAUCCCCGGACCGUUUCAUCCUCCCAGUGAAGAACACUAGGAUGGAUGGGUUGAAGGACAACAGAUACAACUCAUUCAAAACAUGGUCGGGUCGACUUGAGAGACAACUUUCCACUUUACGUGGAAAAUCAUGUAACGAUCUAGAGAUAAACCCUCCCCAAAACCUUCAAGGGGAGAGUUUAUCUGUAGACAGAUACUUCGAUGCUUUAGAAGGACCGGAGUUGGAGACUCUUAGGCCUUCUGAAGAAAUAAUGCUCCCCGAAGAUAAAAAAUGGCCGUUUCUUCUUCGUUACCCGAUCUCAUCAUUUGGUAUAUGUCUCGGUGUUAGUAGCCAAGCGGUAAUGUGGAAGCAUUUAGCCUCAACCGCUUCGACACAUUUCCUUCAUAUAAGCCUUAGAGUAAACUACACUCUAUGGUGCAUAUCAAUCCUUCUUUUCGCAGUUGUGGCCUCAACAUACCUUCUAAAAGUGAUCUUUUACUUUGAAGCCGUUCGAAGAGAAUACUACCACCCAAUUAGAGUUAACUUCUUUUUUGCCCCGUGGAUCGCGUUACUCUUUUUGUCUAUUGGAGUUCCCGAUAGUAUUACUACAAAGUUGCCUCACUCUUUAUGGUACAUGUUAAUGACACCGAUUUUAUGUCUAGAGCUCAAGAUUUAUGGGCAAUGGAUGUCCGGCGGGCAACGGCGGUUGUCCAAGGUGGCGAACCCGUCCAACCACUUAUCGGUGGUUGGGAACUUUGUCGGAGCUCUUUUGGGGGCAUCAAUGGGACUAAAGGAAGGCCCGAUUUUCUUCUUUGCGGUUGGGUUGGCUCAUUAUACAGUUUUGUUUGUGACAUUGUAUCAAAGACUUCCAACUAACGAAACCCUCCCGAAAGAGCUUCAUCCUGUUUUCUUUCUAUUUGUUGCCGCUCCAAGUGUUGCCUCGAUGGCUUGGGCCAAAAUCAAUGGAUCGUUUGAUUAUGGGUCGCGUAUCGCAUACUUCAUUGCCUUGUUUCUCUAUUUUUCACUGGCGGUUCGUGUAAAUUUCUUUAGGGGGUUCCGGUUCUCAUUGGCGUGGUGGGCUUACACAUUCCCAAUGACUGGAGCUGCAAUCGCCACAAUUAGAUACUCAAGUGAGGUCUCGAACAUAGUAACCAAGUCGUUAUCAGUAACCCUGUCAACAGCUGCUACGGUUACAGUGACAGGGCUACUGAUAACAACAAUUGUUCACGCUUUUGUGCUACGAGACCUUUUCCCGAACGACAUUGGGAUUGCAAUUAGUGACCGGAAACCCAAAACACAACGGAAAUGGUUUCACCGGGGCACAUGUGGCUCAGUCAAAGAUGUUGAAGACCCCUUUAAAUCCAUGAGCUCCAACGAUGAAAAGGUUGAGGAGGAUCCGGUGGCAUUUUCAGGAUUAAAUGUUAACCGAUAUCAAUAAGAGUAAUGUAACUGAUACACACGGUUUGAGUGAUUAGUCAAAGGAGGAACUUAGUUUAGAAAAGUUCCAAUGAACUUGGAUGUAUAUAGUAUUGGCUUUACAAAAUAUAAAAUAUAAGCAUG